AUGGUGCGCGUCAAGCACCUCACUGCCGUUCUCGCUUCCCUGGCUGUGGCUGUUGCCCCUGUUAUGUCUCUGACAUACUGGGUUGACAAGUCCUGCCUGGAAUACCCUGCUGGUCCUGGCAAGACCGUUAACCUCCGAGAUGGGGGUGCCUUCAAGGAGGCUUUCCGCAUGGCCCGGAUUGCCGGCCGUCGUAUUGACAAGCUAAACCUUCAUGGCAAAGGCAAAAACCUCGAGUUGGCUCGCGCCUAUAACUACAUCUUCACCGAUGACCCUGGCAAGACGAGGACCAUCCGUCGCGGUCCUGAGUGGCGGGAGAAGUACAAAAGUAUCGGCUUCGAUACGGUCAAGAAUGUUGUCAAGGACACCCUCACCAGCAUCGGCAACGACUGGGAGGAGACCCGCGAACGGGUCGGCUCCAACGUCCGGUUCUACUGCGACAACUCGAGCCGCUUCAUCUACCACCCGGUCGAAAAUCAGUUCAUCGACCACAUCAACAGCGUUGCCACCGACUUCACGUGCUCCUCCAGCGGCAUGGACAACCUUGCUGCCUUUGAGACGCACCACCGUACCCCCAAUGUGCCCGAUGAAGACAACAAGGGGGACGUCUCGGUCAUCACGCUCUGUGACCACGCCUUCAACCUGGCCCGCCUCCGUGGCAAGCCCGAGAUGCCGAUUCCUCUCACCCACAAUGACCUGAUGCGUCUCGGACGGCUCAAGGAUAAGUCCUCGGUGGAUUGGUUUGAUACGCUGUCGCAUACAAUCUUGCACGAGCUCACCCACACUCCUCGCUACCUCCACGACGACCAUGAAUGGAAUGAUGACGAGGACGAAGACCCCGAUACGGCCGAGACCGGCGGCUGGGAAUCCGUCGUCAUGCAGGAUGAAGAGAACACGGCUUUCAACGCCGAUAGCUAUGCCUUCUUUGGAAAGCUUGCCCUCUUCAUGGAGGGAAACCCUCACGAUGGGAAGAAAGCCUACGCCCUGGACCACGACUACAUCAAGCGCAUUGAGAAGCUUCCUCGUGGUCGACUUCGUCACUACCCUGGUCUCGAAAAGCGAGGACUCUCCUGGGUGCCUCGUAUUUUCAGGGACUAAGAGAACACGAAGCCUGCCUCUUUGUGUCUAUGCUGGGUCUUUUGCUACUAAAGCCUGCAUAAGAUGAUGCACCAAAAGGUGUGAAAGGGGGAUUGAGUCUUCGGGGUCGUUGGGGCAUUGAUUUUGGCAUCAGUGGUCGGGUUGCUGGCAAUAAACGAUCACAGAGCACGUGUGGUG